CGCUAAAAGAGUUGAUUCAAGAUGGCGGAUACACAACGGAAACGGCGAUAAUAAUAAAUAUCGUUGUUAUCCUAAAUUACAAUGUAGAAAGUGUGAGUUGUUCGUUAUUUUAUCUUCGAGUCGGUUACUAUUCGGGCAUAAAGCGCCUCAACAAAAAUGGAGGACGAAGAGACAACGUUGGCUUUGAUCCGGUACUACUGCUAUGAGAAGUUCUUCAAUCACGCUGUAAAUGCUGCAGCGGCUGCCAAGAGGAAGUUCAGCAAUGAUCCCAUUUACAGCUUUUUCCAUGCAUAUGGUUCCCUAAUGCAGGAUCAAAUUCAAGAAGCCACGGUAGAGUUGGACACAUUAAGAGACAGCCGAGAUGUAGCUCUCUGCACAUUGAUGGCUCUUGUCUAUGCUGAGAAAAGAAAGGCAAACCCAGACAGAGAAGUCAUUCAACAACUUGAUGCUAAGGUCAAAGAAGAUCGUAAAAGUGCGUCUCCCAAGAGCCUUUACUACGCUGGGCUGUUUCUCUGGCUGCUGGGGCGAAAUGAUAAGGCAAGGGAGUACACCGAGAGAAUGAUCAAACUCUCCAAUGGCUCCAGAGAGGGGACAAUCCUCAAAGCCUGGAUAGAUGUCACAUCUGGCAAAGACGCCUAUGCCAGGAAGGCUGGAAAAUACUUUGACGAGGGACUUAAAGAGAAAGCGGAUGUUUUCGCCCUGAUGGGAAAGGCACAAUACUAUGAAUAUCGUCAGAACUACUCUGGAGCAUUGGAGAUGGUCAACCAAGUCAUUGUCAGUUUUCCCGAGUUUGUGCCUGCUCUCGUCAAGAAGAUGAAAUUGCUGCUCUGCCUUCAAGACUGGGAGCAAACCAUCGAGGCAGCACACAGGCUUUUACAGAGGGAUAAAAAUAACCUGGAGGCCGUGCGGAUGCUGGCGCUACACUCAUUGUGCAGAGAUGGAGAUAUUACUGAGUCAGUAAAGCAGCUUUCAAACCUCAUUAGCAACUUGGAUAACGUGGAACCCCACAACCCUGAGCUUUUCUACAGAAUGUCUCUUGCCUUCACUCGUGUCUGUGGACGAAAUGAGAAAGUGAUUGAGCAGACAUUCAGGAUGGUGGAAAGAGCCUUCUCUAUCACAUCAAGAGACUCCGAUUUAGCCACGGAGUUGGGCUAUCAGAUGGUUCUUCAGGGCAGAAUCAAGGAGGCUAUGAAGUGGUACAAGACCGCCAUGACUUUGGAUGAGACCAGUGUUUCUGCUUUGACUGGCAUAAUUUGUUGCCAGCUGAUUGAGGGCCAACUUGAGGACGCUCAACAACAGUUGGAAUUUCUCACAGAGAUUCAACAGUCUAUUGGAAAGUCGGGGGAGCUAUUGUACCUGCGUGCUGUUUUGGCGGCGAAAAAGCGCCGACCACAGGAGGAGAUUACCAACCUUCUGAACGAUGCAGUGGACACACACUUCUCCACGCUGCAGGGUCUGCCACUGGGAGUGGCGUACUUUGAGAAGCUCAACCCCGACUUCCUCUUGGACAUUGUCAAAGAGUAUCUUGCACUGUGUCCAACCAAGCCUACGGUCCAAGGCCAGGCUCCUGCUCCCCAACUCCAGCACUGUGCCUCUCUCUUGGAUACUGUGGUCAAGGUAGUGCCCGGCCUCCUUCAAGGGGUCUUCCUGCUAGCCAAAGUCAGAUAUCAGUCCGGUGACUCCGAGGCUGCUCAAAGCAGUCUAACCCACUGCUUGGAGCAGUGUCCUUCCCAUGCAGAUGCUCACCUACUCAUGGCACAGAUCCACAUGCUGCAGGGCAACCUCACGUUGUGUUCCCAGUCUCUUGAACUCUGCCUCAGCCAUAAAUUCGAGAUUCAGGAACAUCCUUUGUACCAUCUGAUCAAGGCCCAGAGUAAGAAGAAAAUGGGUGAACUGACGGAGGCUAUUCAGACGUUGCAGAUGGCCAUGAGUCUCCCAGGUGUCCGCAGAGCUGGAUCCUCCUCCAAGUCCAAGAGUAAGAAGAUUGAGCUGAGCCCUGCUGACUGUGUCUCUGUGUUCUUGGAGUUAGCUGAAGCGUUAUGGCUCAACGGUGAACAGCAUGAAGCAGCAAAGGUGAUGCAAGAUGCCAUCAAUGAGUUCUCGGGAACCCCUGAGGAGCUUCGUGUGACUAUUGCCAACGCGGACCUUGCCCUGCUUCGCGGCGACACCGCGCUGGCACUGAGUAUGCUCAGAAACAUUACGCCUGAGCAGCCCUAUUACAUCCAGGCCAAGGAGAAAAUGGCAGACAUAUAUCUGAAUCACAGGAAAGAGAAGCGUCUGUAUGCGAGCUGUUACAGAGAAAUGGUGGAGAAGAUGCCCAGUCCUCACACAUAUCUCUUACUGGGAGAUGCCUACAUGCACAUUCAAGAACCAGAGAAAGCCAUUGAAGUGUACGAGCACGCUCUGAAGAAAAACCCCAAAGACGGCGCUUUAGCCAGCAAGAUUGGAAAAGCCCUGGUCAAGACUCAUAAUUACGUCAAGGCAAUAAAUUACUAUGAAGCUGCUUUGAAAACCGAGCAGCAGAACUUCCUGCGUUAUGACCUGGCCGAGCUGCUGCUGAAGAUGAAGCAGUAUGAGCGCUGUGAGAAAGUCCUGCAUGAGGCUCUGACCCAUGAACCAGUGAAUGAACUCCCGGUGCUCUCAGAUGAUUGCCGUUAUCAGGUCCUGUUGGCGAAAGUCCAAAAUAAGGUUGGCAAAAAUGAAGAGGCUUUGCUCUCCCUUCAAAGAGCGCGGGAUGUGCAGGCCAAGGUGCUGAAGCGAGUGCAGUUGGAGCAGCCCGACGCUGUCCCCAUGCAGAAGCAGCUCGCUGCAGAGAUCUGCGCCGAGAUCGCUAAACACUACACAAGUCAGAGGGGCUAUGAGAGAGCAGUCAAAUUCUACAAAGAAGCUCUUGUGUAUUGUGAGACCGAUCGAAAGGUCAUGCUGGAGUUGGCUCGCCUGUACCUCACGCUGGACGAGGUCGAUGCGUGCCAGGAGCAGUGCAGCGUCAUUCUGAAGAAUGACCAGUUCAAUGAAGACGCAACUCUGAUGAUGGCUGACAUUAUGUUCAGGAAGCAGGACUAUGAACAGGCAGUUUUCCACUUUCAACAACUCCUGGAGCGCAAACCAGACAACUACGCAACCCUGUCACGUCUUAUUGACUUGUUGAGGAGAGCCGGGAAGUUGGAGGAAAUCCCCAGAUUUUUUGACAUGGCAGAAAAACAUUCCUCGAGGACUAAGUUCGACCCGGGGUUCAACUACUGCAAAGGCCUUUAUCUUUGGUACACGGGGGAACCCAAUGACGCCUUGAGACACUUCAACAAAGCACGGAAAGACAACGACUGGGGCCAAAACGCUGUGUACAACAUGAUCGAAAUCUACCUCAACCCUGACAAUGACACCAUGGGGGGGGAGGUGUUUGAGAAUCUAGACGGCGAAAUUGGGAAUUCCACAGAGAAGCAGGAGUCGGAACAGCUCGCUGUGAGAACAGCAGAGAAACUGCUGAAGGAGUUAAAGCCUCAGACAGCAGGCGGACACACACAGCUCAGCAUCCUGCAGAACUACUGCAUUAUGGCGACAAAGCAGAAGGCCAACGUGGAGAGAGCCCUCAGUAUUUUCACAGAGAUCGCAAACAAUGAGAAAGACCACGUCCCUGCGCUGUUGGCCAUGGCGACAGCUUAUAUGAUGCUUAAGCAAACUCCCCGAGCCAGGAACCAACUCAAACGCAUCGCUAAAAUGAACUGGAGCAUUGUUGAUGCAGAUGAGUUUGAAAAGAGCUGGCUGCUCUUGGCAGACAUCUACAUCCAUUCGGGGAAGUACGACAUGGCCGGCGACCUCUUAAAGAGAUGCCUCAAUCAUAAUAAGUCGUGCUGUAAAGCCUAUGAAUAUCUGGGCUACAUAAUGGAAAAAGAGCAGGCAUUCCGUGAUGCAGCACUCAAUUAUGAACUGGCUUGGAAAUAUGGAAAUCGGACUAACCCGACUAUUGGAUACAAGCUUGCUUUCAACUACUUAAAAGCAAAGAGGCAUGUUGAUGCCAUCGACGUGUGUCAUAAGGUCCUGGCUGCUCACCCAAACUAUCCAAAAAUGAGAAAGGACAUCCUGGACAAAGCUCGGUCUGCGUUGAGAACCUAGUGCUGGAUGUGUGUGUGUGUGUGUGUGUGUCUUUACUGAAAUUUAAUUAGGUAGUUUGGCGUUCACUGAGUUUAAAGAAUGUGCAGAUAUUAGUAUUAUUUCUUUGGGAAACCCUCUUUAAACAUGAUGUAAAUUUUUUUUGAGUAUAUAAAUAGUGGGGCACGGACAUUCCUGAAGGAAAACCACAGAGUGCAGAAUAGAGGAGGAGGAGGAGGAGGAGGAGGGGGUUUCAGGCUCAUGCAGGUUUUUCUUUCCUCACAAAAGGCGCCGCACUGAAGAACAUUUGAGUAUAUUUAUGAAAUCUGUUACACAGCCUGUUUUGAAUUUUAUACAUGAUGGCAUAUCCGUUUCUUUUGUAUGAUAAUAAGUGUCAUUCUCUUGUGAAUACUGUUUGCUUGUAUACAAAAUAAAGUUAUUUAGAAAUAUG